UGGUGCCCCUGCCACCCUCCUCACUACAGCCUCAGGAAGGCCGAAGGGGUGAGCAGAGAGGCUGCCAGUGUCGGUGGCCAGGAUCCAGACGCAGGCCUGGCUGCCAGCUGGCCUGAGGGCCCUUCCUCUGUGCCACUGUGCCUGGGCUCCCUGCCACUGUGCUCAGCCUGGCAGGGCAUGCCCUGGACUCUAGGGAAGGCUUCCGGGAAGGGGAGUUGGAGCACACAGGUGCCCUAGUCUCCUGACCUUUAUGAAAGGUGCUGGGGAGGAGAGGAGGCAGUGAGCCUGACCAUGGACUGCCACAAUGGUGGCGGGUGGAGGGCCCUGAAACCCAGGCCUGGCUGCAGUGGAUAGGUGGCUCAUUCUGGACACACAGAAGUGAAAGGAACACAGGCUGCAAAGUGGUGGAGUGUGCCCGCUCUUCAAGAAGCCCCUGGCCAGGGCCAACGUGGUGGCGGUGGUGAGGUGGGCAGGGCAGUCCGAUGCCCUGGGAAAGGUGACCCCAGAAGAUGGCAGAAGCUCACCAAGCUGUGGCCUUCCAGUUCACGGUCACUCCAGACGGGAUUGACCUGCGGCUGAGCCAUGAAGCCCUCAAGCAGAUCUAUCUCUCUGGACUUCACUCCUGGAAGAAGAGGUUCAUCAGAUUCAAGAAUGGCAUCAUCACCGGCGUGUAUCCGGCGAGCCCCUCCAGCUGGCUUAUCGUGGUGGUGGGCGUGAUGACGACGAUGUAUGCCAAGAUCGACCCCUCAUUAGGGAUAAUUGCAAAAAUCAAUCGGACCCUGGAAAGGACCGACUGCAUGUCCAGCCAGACGAAGAACGUGGUCAGCGGCGUGCUGUUUGGCACCGGGCUGUGGGUGGCCCUCAUCGUCACCAUGCGCUUCUCCCUGAAAGUGCUGCUCUCAUACCACGGGUGGAUGUUCGCUGAGCAUGGCAAAAUGAGUCGCGCCACCAAGAUCUGGAUGGGUAUGGUCAAGCUCUUUUCAGGCCAAAAGCCCAUGUUGUACAGCUUCCAGACGUCGCUGCCCCGCCUGCCGGUCCCGGCUGUCGAAGACACUGUGAACAGGUAUCUAGAAUCUGUGAGGCCUCUCAUGAAGGAAGAGGACUUCAAACGGAUGACGGCACUUGCUCAAGAUUUUGCUGUCAGUCUUGGACCAAAAUUACAGUGGUAUCUGAAGUUGAAAUCCUGGUGGGCUACAAAUUACGUGAGUGACUGGUGGGAGGAGUACAUCUACCUCCGGGGACGAGGGCCGCUCAUGGUGAACAGCAACUACUACGCCAUGGAUCUGCUGUAUGUUCUUCCGACUCACAUUCAGGCAGCAAGAGCGGGCAAUGCCAUCCACGCCAUCCUGCUGUACAGGCGCAAACUGGACCGGGAGGAAAUCAAACCAAUUCGCCUUUUGGGGUCCACGAUUCCCCUCUGCUCGGCUCAGUGGGAGCGGAUGUUUAAUACCUCCCGGAUCCCAGGAGAGGAGACAGAUACCAUCCAGCACAUGAGAGACAGCAAGCACAUCGUUGUGUACCAUCGAGGGCGCUACUUCAAGGUCUGGCUCUACCACGACGGGCGGCUGCUGAAGCCCCGGGAGAUGGAGCAGCAGAUGCAGAGGAUCUUGGACGACACCUCGGAGCCUCAGCCCGGGGAGGCCAGGCUGGCGGCUCUCACCGCAGGAGACAGAGUUCCCUGGGCCAGGUGUCGCCAGGCCUAUUUUGGGCAUGGGAAAAAUAAGCAGUCUCUUGAUGCCGUGGAGAAAGCAGCGUUCUUCGUGACAUUAGAUGAAACUGAACAAGGAUACAGAAGGGAAGACCCAGAUACGUCAAUGGACAGCUACGCCAAGUCUCUACUGCACGGCCGGUGUUAUGACAGGUGGUUUGACAAGUCGAUCACGUUUGUUGUCUUCAAAAACGGGAAGAUGGGCAUGAAUGCAGAGCACUCCUGGGCAGACGCGCCCAUCGUCGGCCACCUUUGGGAGUACGUCAUGUCCACUGACAGCCUCCAGCUGGGCUAUGCGGAGGAUGGACACUGCAAAGGCGACGCCAGUCCGAACAUUCCAUACCCCACCAGGCUGCAGUGGGACAUCCCGGGGGAAUGUCAAGAGGUUAUAGAGACCUCCCUGAACACCGCAAAUCUUCUGGCAAACGAUGUGGAUUUCCAUUCCUUCCCAUUUGAAGGCUUUGGUAAAGGAAUCAUCAAGAAAUGUCGCACCAGCCCGGACGCCUUUGUGCAGCUGGCCCUGCAGCUGGCGCACUACAAGGACAGGGGCAAGUUUUGCCUCACAUACGAGGCCUCCAUGACCCGGCUCUUCCGAGAGGGGAGGACGGAGACAGUGCGCUCCUGCACCACUGAGUCGUGUGAUUUCGUGCGGGCCAUGAUGGACCCGGCCCAGACGGUGGAACAGAAGCUGAAAUUGUUCAAGUUGGCGUCUGAGAAGCAUCAGCUGAUGUAUCGCCUCGCCAUGACCGGCUCUGGGAUCGAUCGUCACCUCUUCUGCCUUUACGUGGUGUCUAAAUAUCUCGCUGUGGAGUCCCCUUUCCUCAAGGAAGCGACUCCUGAGGGACGGGAGAGGAGGGGAUUAGGAAAAGUGUCGUUGGAACAUUUCCCUGUUGGACUCAACAGGUUUUAUCUGAGCCUUGGAGAUUAUCAACAAGCCAGACCCCUCAGCAGCAAGUGGAGCUGUUUGACUUGGAGAGGAACCCGGAGUAUGUGUCUAGUGGAGGGGGCUUUGGACCGGUUGCUGACGACGGCUAUGGCGUGUCAUACAUCCUCGUGGGAGAGAACCUCAUCAAUUUCCACAUUUCCUCCAAGUUCUCUUGCCCUGAGACGGAUUCUCAUCGCUUUGGAAAGCACCUGAGAGAAGCAAUGAUUGACAUCAUCACUUUGUUCGGGCUCAGUUCUAAUUCCAAAAAGUAAUUCCACUGGAGCUCCUGUGAAGGAAGACGAGCUCCUGAUACAAACCAAAUGAAAAGUAGGCAUUAAUCCCGAUCUUAGUUCGGGAUGAGAAAUUGCUCUUAAGAGAACUCAGAAGCUUUCCUUCCAGAAAAGGUGGUUUUUGUUUUCCUAGAACAGCGUCUCGACCCUGUGAAGCGCAACCCCACUACUUCCAGAUCGCCCUCCCUUGGGGGACGUUUGAUAAAGGCUCCCCGAGGGCUUCACGGCGCUGGUAUUUAUAAAGAGAUUAAAUCUUGUCGGGUUAAUUGAGGAAUUAGUAGGGUCGUGGCUUCACACACUUGGAAAUGGAAGCGGUGCGCUUUCUCAGCAGCCGUUGAAAACCUGCGACGGAAGGGCAUUUAGCGUCAUCCAGGAAGUGUAAACUUUCGUUCUGUUAAAAGACAAAUGUGUUGUCAAGUUGGUGGUGUCUGCAGUCGUAGCUAACACAUCUGGGAUGCACUAACCGAAAUGACAUGCUUUGGAGAGCUGCUCUUGUCCCCGUGGGUGACUGUCCCCGUCCGGUCCAGUAGCCUGUGCUUGCCUCUGCACAUUCGAAGCAAGCAGGAAGCAACGCCUGUAGUCUCACCGACCUCGUAUGUCUUCAUGUCUUCACAGCCCAGUGCCUUAAAAAUGAAAGGCCCUGAAUGUAAAGGAGACGGAGUGAAAGAUGUAUUUUGUGGAGUCUUUGGGUGGAAUUGUGGGUAUACUGUUCCCUUCACAAUGGACCAAGUAUGGCUAACCCUCAGUAAGCAUUACAGCCCCUCCCCCUCAGAAAGACCCAUUGCUUCGUAGGGCAGCUGAGCUGGACUCCCCUCCCCGACGUUGUCAUCAUAAGCAACAAAAGAAAUAACAGGCACGUGUCAGAAAAAGGGCAUUCAGGUAAUCCACUCAAGAAUAAACUGUGAGACGUGCCUCAGGAUGAUCCCUUUCCCAAAGUGACAGCAAGCAGGGUAGGGCACUGGCCACUGAGCAGGGACCAGCAUGUGAGGAAGGGGAGGGCAGCCCCCCGUGGUGAGGAGAGAGUGGCUCCACGACCUGGGGGAUUGUCUCCAGCCACCCUGCCAAGGGGAGGACUCACUGGAGGGUGGUGGAGACAGUCUGCUGGCUUACCUUGGUGACCGGCCAAGGUGUCUCGAGUGAGGGUGCUAGGUUGGCUCAGCCUGUCCUUCAGACAGGAGUGCCUUCACGAAAGCAUCUCAUUGAUCACAAAGCAAUUAUCCACUAGUCAUCUUCAGUAUUUGAUGCAAAAACGAAGCAUCUGGAAUGAAAUUCCCACUGGCUGUCGUGACAAGCUUAGCUGUCCAUUGUUUUAAAUUGUAUAUUUAUUUUUCUGACCACUUGGUUCUAGUUGGGCCUGCCUCCUUCAGAGUCCUGCACGUGACAGUACAACAGUGCGAGCUGAACUGCAGGAGGGGGUGGAAGGUGCUUGCUGGAGAGCACAUGCAUGUGCGUUUGUUUUUCUUUUGUUUUUGAGACGGACUUUCCCUCUUGUUGCCCAGGCUGGAGAGCAGUGGUGCGAUCUCGGCUCACUGCAACCUCCAACUCCCGGGUUCAGCAAUUCUCCUGUCUCAGCCUCCCGAGUAGCUGGGAUUACAGGUGCCUGCCACCACGCCCAGCCAAUUUCUGUAUUUUUAGUAGAGACGGGUUUUCAUCAUACUGGUCAGGCUGGUGCCUCAAACUCCUGACCUCAGGUGAUCCAGCCACCUCAAACUCCCAAAGUGCUGGGAUUACAGGCGUGAGCCACUGCACCUGGCCCACAUGCAUGUUUUAUGUAUGUAUACUUCGUGAUGUUAAAAACACCACCUACAUGGGCCAAAGAUUUUUUUUCUCCUGAAAGCAAGAAGAAAUAAAAACAACAGCAAAAACAAAACAACAAAAGCCCCUGAUUGUCUGAGGUGUACAAGUCAAGCAGGCUGCGGGGACGUAGCUCCUUCUGCCUGGGGCAAGUAUCGCGCUUCCUGUCAGUAGCCGGCAGCCGGUGUCAGUCCCUAUCAGAGCCAGCUAGAUCAUGCACUGUUGACCACUGAGCAAUGUGUGUUACCGCGGGGUUCACACAGGAACUUGAGUGUAGACAUGUGAGUGCUUACACACAGUCGGGUUUCUCUCAGGUUUUAAAUGUUUCAAAUGUAAUUGUUGCUCAUCAGUGCAGUUAUCAAUGCAAUUGUCUAUUCCUUGAGGGGAGGAGGAGUGGGGUUUUAUUGUACUUGUCGAAGCGGGGUGGUGAGAGUAUUAUGUAUUUAAUUUAAUUUGGAACAAAUCAUUGCCUUAACGCAGCCAUGGUUUGAAUUUGUUAUCUUGGGCUGACCGGUGCAUGUAAAUGCGACAUGCACUUUGGAUGUAAAUCUUAGAAAUGCAGUGUGAAUGGAGGUGAUCAUUAAUAAAACAUUAACCCCAGUCUA